CCAACAUAAAAUCCUGAAAAUUGUACUUUCAGAAACAAACAACCCUAAAAAAAGAUCAAACCCUAACUCCACUGCGGCAACAAUUGCAUCCUCCAUAUCCCCAAAUCCUUCAAUUCCGAUGAAUUAACUCACAAAUUCAACUUCUUUAACCAAUCAAUCAAAACUUCAACCAUCUUGUUCAAAGUUGAAACCCUAAUUUUGUUGUUAUUUAGGAUCUAAUAAUGGAAGACGAUGAUGAGUUCGGAGAUCUAUACACCGAUGUACUCCAGCCGCUUCAAACGACGUCGUCUGCACCUCCUCUGCAAUCGCCGCCGGUACGUUCCUCCGAUAGAAUCCCCAGCGAUGAUGAGGAGAUUCUAUACGGUUCCAAAAGUUCGAAUAGCUUGAAAUUAGGUCAAUCUGAUUUGAAUUCAAAUCUGAAUUUGAAUUUGAGUAAUAAUAAUAGAGAUAUAGCUGCAGUGAAAACUGAUUCAGGAGUUAGGGUUUUGGGGAAAUUAGAAGAAAAGGUUAUUGAGCAAGAUUUGAAUUUAGUGCAUGGAGGUAAUAAUAAUAAUAAUGAUAAUAAUAAUACUAAAGAGGAGGAGAAUUUUGGAAUUGAAGAAGGUGGAGAGGAGGAUGAGUUUAUGAUUCCGGGUUUAUCGUCGUCGGGAGCUAGGGUUUUGGAACAAGGUGGUGAUGAUAAUAAUGAUUGGGAUGAUAGUGACAGUGAGGAUGAUUUGCAGAUUGUGUUGAAUGAUGAUAAUACAGUGGGGAUGAAUAUGAUGGGGAUGGAUGGUGGAGGGGGGUUAGAUGGAGGAGACGAUGACGGUGGGGACGAUUUGGUGAUUGUUACGGGUGACGUUGAUAUGAAUAAUCAUGUGCCGAUGGAUGAGAUGCAAGAUUGGGGAGAAGAUGCUGGUCAGGGUGGUGAAGGAGAGAGGAAGGAUUUGUUGGGUGGUGAUGCGGGGAAAGGUGAGGGUGGAGGUGCGGUUGCGCAGAAGAUGGGAUACGGCGGUCAUGGGUAUCAUCCGUUUCAUUCUCAGUUCAAGUAUGUGAGACCUGGUGCUGCACCUAUGCCUGGAGCGGGUCCUGUAGCAACUGGUGGAGCCCCGGGUCAAGUUCGUCCACCUGGAAGUAUGUUAUCUUUUGCUGGUCGAGGUAGAGGUGAAUGGCAUCCAGCUGGCGCAAAAAACGUUCCUCCUAAUAUGCAGAAAAACUUUCAUCCGGGUUGGAACAACAAUGGAGCGGGUCGUGGAUUUGGCAGUGGACUAGAUUUCACCCUUCCAUCACAUAAGACUAUAUUUGAGGUCGACAUUGAUGGUUUUGAGGAGAAACCGUGGAGACUACAAGGCAUUGAUAUAUCAGAUUUUUUCAACUUCGGUAUGAAUGAGGAAACCUGGAAGGAAUAUUGCAAACAGCUGGAACAACAUCGCCUAGAGGCUACAAUGCAAAGUAAAAUUCGCGUUUAUGAAAGCGGGAGGGCUGAACAGGAGUAUGAUCCUGAUCUCCCACCAGAGCUAGCUGCAGCAGCAGGUCAUGAUAUCUCAUCUGAAAACCGUAACUUUGGAAAAGUUGAUGUGCAAAGUGACUUAGCUAAGGGGUCUGUACGCUCUCGGAUGCAAUUGCCUACUGGAAAAGCAAUACAGGUGGAAACUGGAUUUGGCGAACGACUUCCAUCCAUCGAUACAAGACCACCCCGGAUCCGUGAUUCUGAUGCUAUCAUCGAGAUUGUCCUGCAGAGAUCACCGUCUCCAGAUCCUGAGCCUAUACCGAAAGAUGAUGUUGCUGAACAUCUUGAAGAUGAUAAAAAAGAAAACCUUGAGAACGAAGACGAAGUUGGAUCUGAAGCUGAUCGUUUUGAUAAGCCACACGGUUAUAAUAAUGGUAGAAAGAGAGAAGUUUCUGGAAAGAGAGGACCGGUUGUUGGUUCCGUUCAUGAAGUGGCAGUUACUGGAGAUCGGGUCCCACAUUUUUCCGAAACAGAAGUUGAAGAUCAUCUUGAUUCAAGAAACAGGACCUCUUCCUACCCUAGCAAGAAGAAUAACUCGUCACAUAAUCACAUUGACAGGCAAAUGAAGAGAACAGCAGCCAGCAGAUCACCCCGUUUUACUGAUAUUCAAAACGAAGAGUCAACCGAAAGUGUUGACCAUAAGCAGAGCCAUUCGUCAUCUCCGGUUACACUUGGCAGUGCUGACGAUCGAAGUUUUGACCAAAACGAUGCUAAUAAAGACGUAGUUACUGCUGAAAACACAACUGACAAAGAUAGCCUCAAAGAUGAAAAAUCAAGACAUAAAAUGAAAAAACAUAAGGUGAUCAAUCAAGCAGAACACUUUUUUGUCGAUAGAGGUGAAGACCGAGAGGAUUCAAUAAUUUCAAUUCACAGUGGAAAUGUUCGGAAACCGAUGAAGGAACACAGGGGUCGUGAUGAAAAACAAGAAAGGCACCAAAUGGCAAUGAAGGGUAUGGAAGAUCAGUAUUCCCAUAGAAAGUGGGAAUCGAAUCAAGGGUAUCGGUCACAGCCGAAGUCGGAAAAUUACGAUAGGAAAAAAGGGCGAGAACCGGAAGGGGUAUGGCUUGACGACAUGCGGAAAAGAAGCCAUAAGGCUAGAGAAAACGAAAGAAGUGAUAAAAACGAAUACCGAUCAAGAAAACAAUUGGAUAUGAUGCCUGUUUUAACGAGGGACGAGGGUCUAAAAACGCAAACCCGUCAUCAUACCGUUCCCGAGGGUAUGCAGAGUAAACGUGAAGAAUCGUUGCAUUCCCAUAGAGAAAGUAACAGUAGGCGAAAACGGGAACGGGAUGAUAGUUUGCAGAGAGAGAAAGUAGAAAGACAAAGAGAAAGAGAAAAAGACAAAUCGUGGGUGGGCUAUACUAAAUUGAAAGAAGAUUCUAGAAGUUUUAAGGAAACAGGGUGGGACCCGAUAAGCAGACGGGAAAAAUUUGAGAAUGAAACCGUUUCCAGGCAUCGAGGACGUGAAUUACGUGAUGAUGUGUAUGCGCAUGGAAAUAAUAAUAAGAUUAAUAAUGAAGAAAGAAUAUCUUCAAGGCAUGAAAGGGGAUAUAGUGGUAGUGCUAAAGAUGUGUAUGGUGUGCAAGAAAAGAAGCAUAAAGAAACCCUAAAAAAGGUUAAAGAAACUGAUGCUGCUGUUCAUAAUUCCUUGGCUACUUCUAGAAGGAAUCGAGAAGAUCACGUCAGUCAAAAAAGUGACCGGGUGAGCUCGAGAGGCAAUAUUGAACAACGGGCCAGUGAUCAAAAUCCGGCGACCCGGAAAUCUUCCAAAAAACACAAAGAAAAAGAAUACGCUUCAUCGGAAGACGAGCAAUCCAAAAAAGGGCGUUCAAAACUCGAAAGAUGGACAAGCCACAAAGAUGUGGAUUUUAGUCUCGAUAUAAAAGAAACCGAUGUCAAAUAUAAAGACAACGACCCGCCGACAAACCUUCCGGAGGAACCCAUUAAACCUCAAGAAACCCUGGAGAAAUCAAAGUCUCUGGUAGAAGAGAAAAACGAGGAUGCAAAACCACCAGAAGAUAAAGAUAAACAUCUGGACACCGUUGAGAAGUUAAAGAAACGAAGCGAGCGGUUUAAACUUCCUAUGCCUAGUGAGAAGGAAGCUUUGGCUAUUAAACGGAUAGAAAACGAGCCAUUGCCUUCUGCCCAGCCGGAGACUCAACCGGAAUCCGAUGUGAAACCCGAGCGACCUGCUCGGAAACGACGCUGGACCAGUGGCUAAGUUUUAAUGCAUCUGGGUUUACUUGAUAUGAAUUAUGAGAUUUUUAACAAUGUAGCCGUUUGCCGAUUAUUAUGUUUUUUCACUUUUUGUAAACAUAAAGGUGUAUGUAUAUUUCGUGCGGAAAAUGUAACGAUAAUAGAUUAAUAGCGGCCAACGUUGGCACAGAAGAUGUUAAAUCUAGUGAUGUGACAUUGAGAUCUAGGACAUUAUGCAGUUCAAAAGUAAAAUGGUUUAAAAUAAAAUGCAUGCUUUAGGUA